AUAUGAUUGAUGUGUUAUGUAAUGUUUGUUGAUAUAAUAACGCUGUACAGUGUGUCGGGCGCGCGCGCGGUGCAGGUGACGUCACCUCCAUCAAGCGCAGUCAGCAGUGGAGCGGUCGGUUACACCGGACAGAUGCGGGUAACCGGACAUGAAUGAUAUCAUGUCUCAGCGGUGGAGGAGAGAUGUGACGCUAUCAUCAGAUCAUUCAGUCAAUAACUCUCUGCUCGUGUCCGGGGUCGUGACGGUGACCCCAGAGGGACACAACAGAUCAUGGGCGACUCCAGUGAUCACCCCGGAGACGCCCAUCUUUCUGAUGACACCUGCUGCUCAAACCAUCUCUGGAAUCUUUACAUGGACGGCUCUACUGCUCACCUGUCAGCAGAUCUACAUGCACUUGCGGUAUUAUAAUUCUCCUAAUGAACAGCGGCACAUCGUUCGUAUUCUCUUCUUUGUGCCGAUUUAUGCCUUUGAUUCAUGGCUGAGUCUUCUGUUCUUCACUAAUGAAGAGUUUUAUGUUUACUUUGACACGGUUCGAGACUGUUAUGAAGCGUUUGUGAUCUAUAACUUCUUGAGUUUGUGUUAUGAGUAUCUGGGUGGAGAGAGCGCCAUCAUGGCAGAGAUCAGAGGAAAACCAAUCCAGUCCAGUUGUGUGUAUGGCACAUGUUGUCUAUGGGGCAGAACAUACUCCAUCGGCUUUCUGCGCUUUUGUAAACAGGCGACGCUUCAGUUCUGUGUAGUGAAACCUCUGAUGGCCGUCAUCACGUUGAUCCUGCAGGCCUUUGGGAAAUACAGAGAUGGAGAUUUUAAUGUGGCGAGUGGUUAUUUAUACGUCACCAUCAUCUAUAACAUCUCGGUCAGUCUCUCUCUCUACGCUCUCUUUCUCUUUUACUUCGCCACACGAGAUCUGUUAGAGCCGUACAGUCCCAUGCUGAAGUUCUUCAUGGUCAAAUCAGUCAUCUUCCUCUCAUUCUGGCAGGGAAUGCUUUUGGCUAUCCUGGAGAAAUGUGGUGGAAUUCCUCGGAUAAACUCCUCUGAUGUCACGGUGGGGGAGGGGACUGUUGCCGCCGGUUACCAGAACUUCAUCAUCUGUAUUGAGAUGUUCUUCGCUGCUCUGGCACUCAGACACGCAUUCACACACAAGAUCUACAUGGACAAAUCACUCAGUGCUCACGGCUGUCUUCCUGUAUAUGGUCAGUACGGUCAUUCGUCUAUGAGUAUCUCUAGCAGUCUGAAGGAGACGAUGAAUCCAGGCGAUAUGCUUCAGGACGCCAUCCAUAACUUCUCUCCUGCGUAUCAGCAGUACACACAACAGAGCCGAACAGAACCUCACCUGACCCGAUCUAACAGUACCAAUGAAAAAACACUACUGCUCAGUUCUGAUGAUGAGUUCUGACACACACACAUAUACACACACACGCACGCACGCACGCUUACACACAUACAGUACACAGUCUCUAAACAUUAUAGGUGUGAUGUUAACAUGAAGAGCGUCAUAAACAACAACCUAUGCUGUUGAGUUUCAUGAGUUGAUCAGUUAACUUGGGUUUAAACACUCUCAUAUGAACAUAGAGUUGUAUUGGAGGAUAGAUGUGCAUAUAUAUUUACACACUGUUGACGUUUCUGGAUUGUAAUCUUCUGUUUAAUAAACUACAGCACAAGAAUAAAUCUGACUGACUGUUUGAAAUGAAACACAAACUCUUGAGGUGAUAUAAGUGAUGUUAAAGUUUGAGUUUUAUUGUCUGAUC